UGACCUACGCAAACGGAUAUGAGGAGAACGCAGAGAAAAGUAAACCGCUUUGUCCACUUAUUCCUAAUGGUCUAGUUGGGAAUAGAAAGGUCAACAAAACUCCACCAACUUGGGAAGAUAUGGAAAGGAAUUAUAGUCUGAUACAAAACGGCCAAUAUAAACCCAAGAAUUGUAAAUCUCGACAGAAUGUAGCCAUACUCAUUCCAUUCCGCGACAGGGAAAGUCAUCUAAGAAUUUUCCUUAACCAUAUGCACCCAUUUCUCAUGAGGCAGCAACUACAAUAUGGAAUAUACGUUGUGGAACAGACAAAAGAACUAAAAUUCAACCGAGGUAUUUUGUUCAACAUUGGAUUUAAGGAAGCCUCCAAUGACUCUUACUACGACUGUUUUAUGCUUCAUGACGUGGAUUUACUUCCAGAAAAUGAUUUUAACAUUUACACCUGUCCUGCUGACCAUCCGAAACAUUUAUCUGUUGCAAUUGACAAAUUCAAUUAUAAAUUACCAUACCUCACCAAUUUUGGUGGUGUGACAGCCGUGACUAAAGAACAAUUUGAAGCAAUCAACGGAUUUUCUAAUAUCUUUUAUGGCUGGGGCGGGGAGGAUGACGAUUUGUACAACAGAAUAAUAUGGGCGAAAAUGUCGGCGAACCAAGCAAUAAAUGGAGUUGGCAGAUAUUCUUCUCUCCGUCACAAAGACGCAGUUAAAAAUCCAAACAGGAGUAGAAUCUUAAAUAGCGGGAAAGGCCGCAUGUGGAAGGACGGACUCAAUUCCCUAAAGUAUAAAGUAAUUCAAAAGACGUACAAAAAACUGUACGUCCAUAUUACUGUAAAGCCAUGUGAAAACGACUCUGUGUGCUAACAAGGCAAUUAAUCAUGAACAUACUUAUAUUUGUUGGGAGUUGAUUUUUUUUCAAGCAAACUAAUUCAUUAUACCUGUAAAUUGUCAGAUUUUAAGUGGUACAAAAAAAGAUUUUUUUAGAGUGGUAUGUACUCUUACGCCAGAGUUCAAUAUUGGUUGGAUACAAUUCUUCAGAAAUAUUUCGAUCAUUUCUACAUAAAGCAUCUUAGGGUUAUAUGACAUUAUUUCUAUCUUUAAAUAUUGUACAACAUGAUUCAUAGGGGUUUGUACGUUUAUAAUUCGGAAUUCUUGUCAGAAAAAAACUCAAUAAUUCAUGUUAGAAAACAUGUAAAUACGUAUUCAAAUAGAGCUAAGAAACAACUUGCCGUGCAAAAUUACAAAUCGUUGGUUUUAAAAUGAAUAAUAAUCAAUAAAAUCAACUCCCGUCAGUUCAUCAUUACUUUUAUUAAUGCAUGUGCUUUUACAAAAACGGGAAUAUUGGUAAGGGGAACAAAAUUUCACUGAUGCUGUUGCACAGGAAGAUAAGCAAGAAAAAAACAGCAAAUCACUGAUAUUUUAUACAUGUAUGUACAUGUAGUUGUAGAAUAAUUAUUAAACAUAUACCUACAUGUACAUGAAUAUGGAAAACUUUGGGUUAAUGGGAAUAUAUAUUAACGUGAAUUUUCUAAAUAAGAAGAACAAAUCUGCAGUUAUGAAAGACAAGUUUUGUUUGUACAUGUACAACAUGGUAUUAUUAGGUUAGUAAAUCAUUUUGUGCAUUUGUAAAUUUAAAAAAGUAAUGCAAUAGCUGAGGCAUUAUAUAAAAAUAUAUAAUGGGGUUUUAUUGUAUAAUCUUUUAAUUGCAAUGUUGGUGAACGAAAAUGAGAAAAUUUAUAUCCAUUCUUGUUUUCAUUAGGCUUUUUUAUACACAUGUAUAUAUCAAUUAUUUAGAGGAUUUUCUUUUAGAUAGUUAAUGGAUAGUGUUAGAUAUCUGUUAUUUUUUAUAGUGGUAUUGUUCAAGACGAGUGGUUAGUUGGAAUUGUAGAGCCUAUUUAAAAAUCAAAACAAAGGGGGUCCUUCGAAACCAGAAAAUUAGCGUCUUAUAACUAUCUAAUGCUGCCUUGGUAAACUUUUAACAUCUAUUUUAGGCACACGGCUAAAGGCAUGUGCAAAUGAGAUUAAUAUAAUAAGUGAAAGCCAAACUCGUUUCCAAAAAGGCUAUUCUGUCCUAGAUCAUGUAUUAAUUUUACAGUUUUUAUCAGAAAUUCUAAUGAAACAAAAAAAAAUUAGUUUGUGAUUUCAUUGAAUUCAAGCAAGCAUUUGGCACUAUUUGGAGAAGUGGAUUAUAAUACAAAAUGUCAGAAAAAAUGUUAUAACUAGAAAAUAUUUUGUUUAUAUCAAAAUAUGUAUCGGGUAUUAAAUCUCUUAUAAGUAUGGAUCGUAUCAUGUCUGAUUUUAUAAGCUGAAAAAGCUGUAAUGUUAGAGUUCGCCAAGGCAAAAAUCUAUUACCAUUUUUGUUUUCGUUAUACAGUGUAUAUCAGUGGUUUGGAAAAUUUCGUUUUGGAUUAAAGCAUUGUAGGUCUUAAAGAAUGUUUGUGAUGCUAUAGAAAAUAAAUUAUUAUUGUAUAUAUGAAGCUUUUUUAUCCUUGUUUAUGCUGAUGAUACUGUAAUUAUGGUGAGACUGCCGUAGACCUCCAAAAUGCACUGAAUGAAUUUUAUCUAUAUUGUUGUUAAUGGAAGUGACAAGCCAAUACUGAAAAAAACAAUAUAUUUUAUUCUUCAAAAGGCCAUCUUUCAAAAAACUUGUUUAAUUACAAUUAGUUUGCUAUAAAAAAAAAGUCAAAGAUUUUAUUAUAAUUUAUAAACUUUUUCAACAAGCAGAGCAUAUAACAAAAUGAUUGUGUCUGUUUAAUCGAAUUGCAUCGUCUUGUUUACGCAUCAAGGUCAGGUCAAGGUCAGUACCUUUUUUUUUUAGCUCAAACGAUGAUAAAACGAAUGUUAUUUAUUCUGUAAUAUAAUCUGCUGUUAUGUGGACAUCUGUUUAAGAUAUACUGUUUCUAUCAUUGAAUAAAAUUAUAAACUAA